UCAGUUCAGUCACCAUGCCUCUCAAGAUCGCCGUUUUGCUCGCCCUGUCGGUGACAAUCCUCGCCGAAUCAGUUCCAAGAUACAGUCCUCCUGCUCCUUCCUACAACGCUCCUGCUCCCGCUCCUACGGGACCUGCACAGUACGACUUCAAUUAUGCUGUGCAAGAUAACUUUGGAAACGACUUCGGUCACCAAGAAAGCCGAAAUGGAUACGACACUCAGGGUACGUAUUACGUCCAGCUCCCCGACGGCCGUCUGCAGAGGGUAACCUACACUGUGAACGGCGACUCCGGCUUCAUAGCUGAUGUUGCCUACCAGGGAGAGGCUCAGUAUCCUGCCCAUCAACCAUCCCAAUCCUAUCAACCUGCUCCCACCCCUGCAUACGGUUAAUUUCAUCACAAAAUAUUUUUUGAGUCUUUGGAAAUGUUAUUUGUAAAUAAAAAAUAAUGCUGAUAAAGCUGUGUUUUCA